AUGUCGCUCGAAGCUACUAUGAUCAUUGUCGACAACAGCGAGAGCAGUCGCAAUGGAGACUACACAUCAACCCGGUGGCAAGCUCAGGUUGAUGCCGUCGGCAUCAUCCACAGUGUCAAGAUGCGCGCACACCCACAGUCAGCCGUGGGCCUCAUGAGCAUGGGAGGCAAGGGUCCCGAGGUGCUCUCGACUUUUACCACAGACUUCGGCGGUAUUCUUGCCGGUCUACAUCGCACAAAGAUCCAUGGAACAUCGCAUCUGAGCUCUAGUAUUCAGGUUGCCGCAUUGGCCCUGAAGCACCGUUCCGAGAAGUCCCAGCGGCAACGAAUUAUCGUGUUCUCCUGCUCACCAAUCGCGGAGGAUGAGAAGACCCUCGUCAAGCUGGCGAAGAAGAUGAAGAAAAUUAACGUGUCGAUCGACGUGGUGGCAUUCGGUGAUCUGGAGUCUGAUCAAACCAAAAAGCUGGAGGCAUUCGUGGAUAAUGUAUCAAGCGGCGACAGCUCCUACCUUGCGGUCAUCCCGCCCGGGCCUCAUAUUCUAAGCGAGGAGCUUCAGGCCACCCCGAUUCUCGCCGGAGAAGGUGCUGGGGCCGCAGCCUCCUCCGGAGGGGAGGGCGGUGAUGCCGGCGGGUUCAAUUUCGAGGAUAAUGCCGAGAACGAUCCCGAGCUGGCCUUUGCUCUUCGUUUAUCCCUCGAGGAAGAGAAGAACCGACAGGAGAAGGAGAAACGCGAUCGAGAAGCGGCCGAAGGCAAAACGGAUCUGGACAACAUCCCCGAAGAGGGUGCGGGUGAGUCCAGCGGGAAAGAUAAGAAGGACGACGACAAGAUGGACACUGCGUAG